AUGCAGAUCGAUGAGGAUCCUAGCUGGCAAGACCCAAUUAUUGACUACCUAGUGAAUGAAAACCUGCCCAAGGACAAGUCCGAGGCCAGAAAAAUCAAGCAGAAGGCUGCAAGAUACUACAUGAAAGGCGACAUGCUUAUCCGCAGAUCAUACUACGGGCCUCAUCUCACUUGCAUCAAGUACCCACAAACGCUCGAGGUUCUCUGCAAGAUACACGACGGCGAAUGUGGAAAUCACGCUGGGGGCAGAUCGCUUGCUCAGAAGGCUCUCAACAUAGGCUAUUUCUGGCCUACCAUGCGCCAAGACUCCACGGAGUAUGCUCGAAGAUGUGAUCGAUGCCAACGCUACAAGCCGGUCCCUGGCCUGCCCGCUAAGGAAUACCAUCCGCAGAACAGUCCAUGGCCAUUCAUGCAGUGGGCCAUUGACUUGGUGGGACCUAUGCCGACGGCACCUGCCAACAAAGAGAUGAUGAUCGUUGCCACUGAUUACUUCACCAAAUGGAUCGAGGCCGAGGCUUUAUCUUCUACCAAGGAGGCCGAUAUUCGGUUGCCCGCAAUCGAUAGUCACCGACAAUGGUACACAGUUCGUGGGCAGGCAGAUCACCGCAUUCUUUGGGAAGUAUGGCAUCAAACAACACCUGUCAACACCCCAAUACCCGCAAGGCAAUGGGUCGACGAGCCGCCAGGAGUCCUAUGGGCUUAUCGCACGACCAAAAGGAGAUCGACCGAAGAGACACCAUUUUCCCUGGCCUAUGGGACAGAAGCAAUUAUUCCCCCACACAUCACAGUCCCUUCCAUGAGCAUUGAGGUGGGCAUUCUUGACCAAAACUGCAAGCAGAUGAAAGUCAACCUUGAUCUGCUUGAAGAAGAACGAGAAAAGGCUAUUGUUCGAGUUGCCGCCUACCAGCAGCAGUUGACGUCCUACUACAAUAAGAAGGCUAAGAUAAGACAGUUUCAGCCUGGAGACCUUGUGCUUAGAAAAACUUUCAUCACAGCACCAAGGCAAGGGUCAAAGAAAAUAAAGCCAAACUGGGAAGGCCCCUACGUGAUCAGCCGAUCUGGGGGCAGAGGAAGUUACACCCUUGAUACUCUAGAAGGAAAAGAAAUUCCAAGACAAUGGAAUGCCCACCACCUUCGAAGAUACUAUCCAUGA